GAAAAGUUUUUACUGGGCCACCAAAUAAAGGCCCAUUUAUCAGAAACCCUAGUAAACCCUUUAAAAAGCAUUAUAGGUUUCAGCUGCUGCUGAUCGAUCUUACGAAGCAGCAAAAAUGGCCGUCCCUUUGCUUACGAAGAAGGUGGUGAAGAAGAGGUCCGCCAAGUUCAUCAGACCCCAGAGCGACCGCAGAAUCACCGUCAAGGAAAGCUGGAGGAGGCCAAAGGGUAUUGACUCCAGGGUCCGAAGGAAGUUCAAAGGUGUGACAUUGAUGCCCAAUGUCGGUUACGGAUCUGACAAGAAGACUCGUCACUACCUCCCCAAUGGGUUCAAGAAGUUCGUUGUUCACAACACGAGUGACCUCGAGUUGUUGAUGAUGCACAACAGGACUUACUGUGCCGAGAUCGCACACAACGUCUCCACCAAGAAGAGGAAGGCUAUCGUCGAGAGAGCUUCUCAGCUGGAUAUCGUUGUUACCAACAGGCUUGCUAGGCUCCGCAGCCAAGAAGACGAGUGAAGAUCACAAGAAGCUGCUUGAGAUAUUUAGUUGUUUCUUGUUUGUUGCAUUUCCCUUUUGUUAUAAGACGGUUUUGGCUUCUUUUGUGUUUGCUGUCAAACAAACAAGGGUUUUGGUUUAAGACAGACUAUGUUAAGACCGUUCCUAAACUAUUUCAGAUUCACUCUUUUCUCAAAGAUUUUCUUGGUCUGUUA